UUUUGAGUAAGAAAGUCUCACUCCUAGAACAGACGGCUGGGUGUACUUGGACUUAAGGGUGGACUUAACUUACAGCUUACUCUCUUGAGUCAGUGCCCGCUCGGAAGGUGUCUGGUCGUGCCCAUUUCCCUAAGGCAGUGUCCCCAUGUAGAGGCUUUGAUUGUAAAUUGCUCUGGGGACCGUAAGGUGAAGCUGGGUGGGCGCCUUGGGUUAACCCCAGCCUGUUGUUUUUUUUUUUUUUCCCCUUUGGAAACAAGUUUUUCAGAAAUACCACAGAUUAGUUGCAGGGCUUUCAUUUACACUGUGUUAUUUUAAACACAAACUGACCAUUUAAAAUGUAUUUAAUAUUUCAUAAAAUUACUUAAUAAAUUUCAACAAGUGUUCUUAAUUUAGAAAUAGAAUUUUGGAGGAAUUAAAAAAUAUUUUAAUGACUUUAAUUGUGAAUCUUUACAAGUAGACCUAGAAGUGAUCCCAUUAAAGUAAGGAAUAGGGCAAAGGAUACAUUGUCUAAUUCUAGCUAAUGAAAUAAGACAGCUAUCUAAUUCAAGCUAAUGAAAUAAGGUAGGAAGCAAAAAUAAAUGUGAAAGGAAAAUUGUCAUUUUUGCAGAUAAUAAAACUGCAUUUUGCAACAAAAAAGAAAAGCCAUUAAAUAAGGAAAAAUUAGUGAUAAAAUUAGCAUACACGUUUCUCUGUUUCAUCAGUAGUCUGUUCAAAAAGUAAAAUGGUUAAGAAUGUGUGAGAACAAAAACAAACAGUCCCUGGGAAUACCUGGAGCUACAGAGGAAUCCAGUGGGUUUUGCAUAAUCUUUUUCCCUCCUGGUUUUUCAAGGCAGGGCUUCUCUGUAGUCCUGGCUGUUCUGGAAACUCACUCUGUACACCAGACUGGCCUCAAACUCAAAAAGAUCUGCCUGCUUCUACUGGGAUUAAAGGCAUGAACCACCACCUCUCUAGCCACAAUCCUUUUUAAAAAGAAUUUUCCUCCCCCUUUGUGGCAUUCUAAUGCUUAACUCAUUCGGAAUAUUUAAAACCUAAUCUCACAGCCAGGGCUAUAUGGAGAGACCCUGUCUCAAAAAAACAAAGGAACAAACCCUAAUCUCUAGGUUUGUGUUUGUUUUUUUCCCCCCCCUUUUUGUCAUUUUAUUUGGAGAUAGUUUCAUGUAAUCCAAGCUGGCCUUCAACUCCUUAUGUAGCCAAGAGUAAUUUUAAACUUCUGAUCCUCCUGCCUCUGCCUCCACAAUACUGAGUUUACAGGUGUAUAUUACUAUUCCCAGGUUAACACUGGCAAUUGAACCCAGGGCCUCCAGAGUACUAGGAAAGUACUCUACUGUGCUACAUCUCCAGCCCAUUCUUAGUUAUUUUUAAGACUUGUGAAAUUUCAUUAAUGUUUUGUUUACAAAUUUAAGAAUUUAUAUGUCAAAAAAUUACUUGAGGGUCUGCAAGAUGGUUCAGCAGAUAAGGGUGCCUGCCUCCAAGCCUGAAGACCUACAUUCAGUCCCUGGAACCCACAUGAUGAAAUGAGAGAACCAACUUCUAAAUCAUGCAGUGACACCUGCUAAGACUUGUUGGUAGCCAUGUCGGAGCCCCACAGGGUCCAGUUCACCUCUCUCCCAGGUUCUUUGAAUCCUGCAUUUUUGAAGAAGUCCAGGAAAGAGGAAGUUGGAGGAACAGAACAGCAUCAAGACUGUGAGCCAGCUGCAGCUGCUGUUCGGAUUACACUCACCCUCUUUGAACCAGAUCAUAAACGCUGCCCAGAGUUCUUCUACCCAGAGUUGGUGAAGAACAUCCGAGGGAAGGUGAAAGGCCUUCAUCCUGGAGACAAGAAAAAAGAUGUCUUGGAUCCUUUCAACGAUGAAGAAAAAGAAAGGCAUAAGGUGGAGGCCCUAGCACGGAAAUUUGAAGAAAAAUAUGGUGGAAAGAAACGUAGGAAAGACCGAAUACAGGAUUUAAUUGAUAUGGGGUAUGGCUAUGAUGAAUCGGAUUCUUUCAUCGAUAACUCUGAGGCGUAUGAUGAACUUGUUCCUGCUUCUUUGACCACAAAGUAUGGAGGAUUUUACAUUAACUCGGGAACCUUACAAUUUAGACAAGCUUCAGAAUCUGAGGAUGACUUCAUUAAGGAAAAGAAGAAAAAAUCUCCGAAGAAGCGGAAGUUGAAAGAAAGUGGUGAAAAGAUAAAGAAGAAGAAAAAAGAUGACACUUAUGACAAGGAGAAGAAAUCGAAAAAGUCCAAGUUUUCCAAAGCCGGCUUCACAGCCCUCAAUGCCAGUAAGGAGAAAAAGAAGAAGAAGUACUCUGGGUCGUUAAGUGUUAGAGAGAUGCUAAAGAAAUUUCAGAAGGAGAAAGAGGCUCAGAAAAAGAGGGAGGAGGAGCAUAAGCCUGUAGCCGUGUCGUCAACAGAAGCUCAAGGCCUGAGGGAAUUGGAGGGCACUUCUGACCCCUUGCUCUCACUCUUUGGCUCCACUUCUGACAAUGACUUGCUCCAAGCUGCCACUGCCAUGGACUCCCUUACAGAUUUGGACUUGGAGCAGCUGCUCAGUGAGUCUCCAGAAGGAAGCCCUUUCCAAGAUAUGGAUGAUGAAAGUGAUUCCCUUGGAGUAGGAUUGGAUCAGGAAUUCAGGCAGCCGUCUUCCUUUCCCGAAGGCCUGCCAACACCCCUGGAGAAGCGUGUUAAGGAGCUGGCUCAGGCUGCCAGAGCUGCUGAGGGAGAGAGCAAACAGAAGUUCUUCACUCAAGAUAUUAAUGGCAUCCUACUAGACAUAGAGGUGCAAACCCGGGAGCUGACUAGCCAAAUCCGUUCUGGGGUGUUUGCUUAUUUGGCUUCAUUCCUGCCCUGCAGCAAGGAUGCUCUAGUCAAGCGUGCUCGGAAACUUCACCUCUAUGAACAGGGUGGGCGCCUAAAGGAACCACUCCAGAAGCUCAAGGAUGCCAUUGGUCGGGCCAUGCCUGAGCAAGUGGCCAAGUACCAGGAUGAAUGCCAAGCACAUACACAAGCAAAGGUUGCUAAGAUGCUGGAAGAAGAGAAGGACAAGGAGCAGAGAGAACGGAUUUGUUCUGAUGAGGAAGAAGAUGAAGAAAAGGGGGGCCGGAGGAUAAUGGGACCCCGGAAGAAAUUCCAGUGGAAUGAUGAAAUCAGGGAGCUUUUGUGCCAGGUGGUGAAGAUCAAACUGGAGAGCCGUGAUCUGGAGAGGAACAGCAAGGCCCAGGCCUGGGAGGACUGUGUGAAAGCUUUUUUGGAUGCUGAGGUCAAGCCUCUUUGGCCCAAAGGCUGGAUGCAGGCCAGGACUCUAUUUAAAGAGAGUCGGCGAGGCCAUGGACAUCUGACAUCACUCCUGGCCAAGAAGAAAGUAAUAGCUCCCUCAAAAAUCAAGGUGAAGGAAUCAUCAGCUAAGCCUGAUAAAAAAGUUUCCAUCUCAUCAGGACAGCUUGGUGGUCCUACUACUUUGCUCUCAGAACAUCAGGGUGGAAGCCUGAAUAUUGGAGCAACCAAUAGGGAGCUUUCAUCCCAGGCAACUUGUGGCCUCAGUGACCCUGUUCCUGUCACCCUGGAGGACUCACUGGAUGAAGACUUGGUCCGGAAUCCAGCCUCUUCUGUGGAAACUGUGUCUAAAGAGCUGGCUGUAUUGAAUAGCAGAGCAGCCAGCAGUUCUGAAUUCACACUGCCUGCACCCUCCAAAGCACCAACAGAAAAAGUUGCUGGUGUUUUGUGUACAGAAGAGAAACGGAACUUUGCAAAGCCCAGCUCUUCUGCACCUCCAUCUACUAAUGCUCUGCAGUCACCUCUUAAUUUUCUGGCUGAACAGGCUCUAGCCCUGGGGCAGUCUUCUCAGGAGAAAAAGCCAGAGAGUUCUGGCUACAAAGAGCUGUCCUGCCAAGCUGCCCUCAGCAAGGGUAUAUCUGAAUUGCACCAGUCCAAAGCAAAGCACCACAGUUUGCCACGGACGUCUCAUGGACCCCAGGCAGCUACCCCCAUGCCUAGCUCCCAAGUCAAAGUCUUUCAUGCAGGCACUCAACAGCAGAAAAGCUUCACACCCCCAACCCCCUUUGUCAACAAGCUGCAAGGCCCUAAGGCUGCCUCUCCACAGUGUCAUCGUUCCCUCCUGCAGUUGGUAAAGACAGCAGCCAAAGGCCAGGCCUUCCAUGCCACUAUGCCAUCCUCCUCUGGAACUUCACCAGCCUCCAGCAGCAGCUCUCAUAAGACUGCAGCCUCAUCCUCCACUCCCCUGAGCCAUCCAGCAAAGCAGCAUCCAGCCAGCUCUGUGGGGCCAUCUUAUAAGAAUAACCCCUUUAGUGGCUCAGUCUCUAAACAUGGGGCUUCUUCUAGCAGUCCAUCACCUGCAGGAGCCCAAGUGCAGAGCUCUGUUUCUGGGACCUUGCUCCCUAGUGUGCAGUCUCCCUCCGCGGGACAGCCUUCAAGCCGAGCUGCCCCAAGUUCUGCUGUGAAAAAAACACCUGUUUCUCAGAAACUGACCCUGGUGGCCCCACCUGGAGGUCCAAAUGGAGAUUCUGGUGGUGGGACACAGGGAGUGGCAAAGUUACUGACCUCCUCCCUGAAGCCUCCUGCAGUUAGCAGUGUGACAUCAUCUACCUCCUUGCCAAAAGGAACCGGAGGGGCAAUGCUGCUGUCCAACACUUCUUCCUUAAGCCUGCUGUCUUCAUCCUACAAGCCCAGCAACCCCAAGCUUCAGGGGGCUAUGAACUCAAACUCACUGGGAAUCAUAACCUCUGUCCCAUUUCCACUUCACGUGCUCUCCUUCAGUUCAGACUCCUCUGCCAAAGCAGGGGUCUCUAAGGAUGCCAUUGUUACAGGCCCAGCCCCUGGGACCUUCCAUCAUGGCCUCAGCCACAGUCUUCUGGCUGGCUUGCACUCCAGCCCACCCCACACAGCGCCUCUCCCACAUACUGCUGUGUCCACCCAUGUCCCACAGAGUCUGCCAGAUACUUCACAGCUUCAUGGGAAAGGGCCUGUUGUACCAAGGAAAUUGUGACCACUUUGGAGGAUGGAAUCAAAUGAAGUAGGUCUGGGAGGAAGUCUACCAUGUAGGUCUCUGAUAACAGACAUUUGCUGUGCUCUUCCUGUCCACUGCUUUUCUUCUGGAGCAGCAAUGAGUUUGAAAUGGAGCACUUCUUAGCACUUCUGAUGGGCCUUCAACCAAGUGGCAGCUUCUGCUGCUUACGAAGCACUUACUGACCUGGUGCUCUGGGCCUUAUGGCUUUGUCGCUGGACGACAUCAAGGGGCAGCUCUGGGCUGGGAAGUGUGCCUAGACUGUGUUGGGAAGCACAGUGUGCAUGAACUCCUGUGGCAGAUCUGUUGCCUACUGGGUUCUAGGUCUGCCCAACUCCUGGCAUUUGGUGUGAGUAUCUCAGAGCUCCCUACUGGUCAGAACUCCUCCUGGCCACAGUAGAGUCCCUGGAUGGUUGUGAUUGCAUCCCAUCCUCAGACUGUGUGCUCAAGAGGACAAGACCCAGGUCAGAGCCACAGGUGGGAGACCUUGAAAAAUACUAAGAACACCUAAUAUGUGCUCUUAUAGGGGCCAGUUUCUCCUCAGAACAUGACAAUGAAGCUCUUAUAGAGAAAAAGAUCUUUAUAGAUUCAUCAAUCGUGGUAGGAUUUUUAAAGACACCUAUCUUGGGCUGUUUUCGUCAUUUCCAUUGAAUGCAUUGGAUAGAAUGGGACUGCUCUUCACACAUCACAUUAUAGGAAGACUUAAUUCCAGUGCCUUUUUGGUGGAGCAGACUUUGACAACUCGAAUCUAUCCAUUCAGCCCCCUGAGUGGAUCUGAGAUGAAGACCUUUUUUUAAAGCUAGUCUGUAUUUAAGACAGUUUUAUUUAAUUGGGUUUUUAUGACUGCACAUCAUAAUCUGUGCCGUCCUGACUUAAAAGUCAUCUGAGCCCCCAAAUCCCAGGUUCCCAUGGAGCUACUUUUUUUUUUUUUUUUUCUUUUUCUUUUUUUUUUUUUUUUUUAGAGUUGAUGCAGGUGGGCUGCAGGGGAGCUCCUCAGUCCUCUGUCUGAGAGUCCAGGAGUUCCAAGCCACAGGUAGACAUUCCACUCUGUCUUAUUAGAAAUCUCUCUGGCAGAGCCAAAAGACAGGCCUCUCUGAAGCAUCUGCUACAGAGAACAGGUCUGGGGUACUGGUGCUGUCUGGACAGCCAGCGUCUGUGUGGACUUAGGGGGAUAUGCAGAGGGUCUGGAGAGUGGACAGAGGACUACAGAGCUUCCAUCACUAGGCUACCACAUUGACCCAGUGGCUAUUUCAUAUGGACUUGAGGGCCCUUGCCUAUCCUGUAAAUCUACCACACAGUGGGUCUGGCUGACUGCCUAGCCAGACAACAUUUGGGAAGAUGAUCAGCCCUCUGAAUGCCCACCCAGGGUAAGUCUGGUGUGCUUUUGGUUCCUGCCUCAAGGGUUGGAACUCAGUAGCUCUCUUCCUGUGGAGGUAGCCACCUUUCCUCCUUACUGGGAGCAAGACUUUUGUCAGUUCUUUGGUCCGGCCUCUGUUCUGAUUCCUUUUGUAUGGAAGAACCAAUUGUUUUCACAUUGGGCCAUGUGGAUUCCUUAUCCUUUUAUUACAUAUAUUUUUUGCAACUUGGAUUUCCAGUUUGUUUACAGAAUAGUCUUAGGUAGUAGCAAAAAGAGCCAAAGAAGAGAUUUGUAUAGCUGAGCUCUAAGCCGAGCUGAGGCCGCCAGCAAAGCUGAGCAGUGGGAACUCUCCAGGCUCCUCUGCCCGUCAAACAACGGGCCCCAGCACCCCACCCCUUUGGUGCUCCCUUCUCCCCAUGUGCCACUGCGUGUGCAGCUAGAACAGGAUGCCCUCAUCUUUAGGAAUCUAGCGAUGCCUCUUGCCUCAGGGAAACGUUUCUUUGAUGGGGAGUUUAUGAGAUUUCUUUUCCUUGUUUAUGCUUUAUUUGUGGUAAUGAAAGAGUGAGUGACUUAAACAGCCAUGGCCAGGGAGAACUGCGGCCCGGCUACAGCAGAAGGUGGGGGUAGAGAGCGCUCAGUGGGAUGCAAGGGUUUCUUUGGUGGGUGUAAGGCUCUGAGCACUUAACCAGGCGUGGCCGUUUCUUAGGUGUGAGAGGGGCUGUGGCUUUUGUGCAGCAACUAUGUUGGUGUUAGGGGGUGGUGUGGAAAUUGUUAAUCUUGUAUAAAGCAACACAAUAAAUUGUUUUGAGGUUUCCAAAA